UUUUUUUUUUCUUUAUUAUCCCAUAAAGUCCCAAUGUCACUCUUUGAUGAUUUCUUGGAAUCAACACAACAGGAAACACGCAUUACCCAAGAUGACCAAAAGAUAUUAACACCACCACCUAAAAUUAAUAAAAGAGAAACGGGGUUUGUAGCCGCACAUGCCAACAAAGGAGGAGACCCAUUGUUUUCUUUACAGUAUGUUCAGUUUCAAUUGCCAGCUAGUUUAGUCUCAAUGACCGUCAAAAAUAAUAUAUUAGCGGCUGUCCUGGAUAAUUUUCGCAUAUUAAGAAUCGACCUCGAUAAUCCACUGGAAGUAGACGUGGUGGAGAUAUCUAGAAAAGCGAGUUCUAGUAAAGUGACACAACUGUUCCUGGAUCCUACAGGUCGACAUAUUAUAGUGACAACAGAUACAGGCGACAACUUUUACCUAUACCAGAAAUGGAGACGCACCAAAGAGCUAGCCAAAUUAAAGGGUGUUGUGAUUACAUCGAUUGCUUGGAAUAAACGAGCCGACAUGAAUAGCACGACGACCCGAGAGAUAUUAAUUGGCACGAGUGAGGGACUUGUGUAUGAAACAUGGUUAGAACCCAACGACGAAUUCUUUCGACGCGAAGAGAAAUAUGUGAUUCAGGUAUUUUCUUUGCAUGAACCGGAUAUGGCCAUCACCGGGCUUUCAUUUGAGCGUUUUCCAUCCGAUCGACGUAAAUAUUUAGUCAUGUUAUCCACACCCACACGUCUUUAUCAUUUUGUGGGUUCUGUACGCUACACCAAUCCAACAGAAACAAAUACAGGCGAGAGAGCUUUAUUUGAACCGCUUUUCGCUGAAUACCAACAACAUCCACAGUUCCAAGAAUUACCUAGUAAGCUCAAGUACAGCAAAAUGCUGUUCUUUAAUCGAUUUCCAGAAUUACAAUCAAAGGGUGUACCACAAAUGUUUGUUUGGCUGACAGGAGCAGGUAUUUAUCAGGGCGAUCUUGAUUUUGUGAAGGGGGAUCAACGGAUCAUUGACAAUGCUCAAUUAUUACCGUUUCCACCCACCUCUUACGACGAAGAUUCUGGCAAUCUUGUGACGGAUAUACCCAUUUCAAUCGUCAUCACUGAAUUUCAUUACAUUUUACUGUACCAGGAUUAUGUACGAGCUGUCUGUCGGUUGAAUGACAAGAUUGUGUUUGAAGAAAUUAUCCCGUUAAAUAAAAACGAAAUUGUACGAGGCAUUUCCGUUGAUGAACUUAAGAGAACCUAUUGGAUUUACACCUCCGAUGCAAUCUAUGAACUCGUCAUCAAGGAUGAAGAACGAGAUGUCUGGAAACUGUAUCUACAAAAGAAGCAGUACACUGUCGCAUUACAGUAUUGUAAAGAUCCAUCACAAAAAACACAAGUCUAUACGGCACAGGCAAAAGAGGACUUUGAUCAGCGUCGAUACAUGCAAAGUGCCAAGUUCUUUGCAAAAAGUACUGUUCCGUUUGAAGAAGUCGCAUUAAAAUUCACCCAAAAGAAGGAAAGAGAUGCCCUGAGGUUUUUCUUGAUCAGUCGUCUGGAAAGAUUAGGACCCAAAGAUAAAACCCAAAAGACAUUAAUAUCCACUUGGCUUGUUGAACUUUAUCUGUUUAAAAUGAAUCAGUUGGAAGAUUUAGCAACUUCUGUCAACUUUACUUCGACAUCUGGCACAACUGCUAAAUCAGCUAAAUAUUAUCAUGACGAGCAAACAAGCAUCAAGGACGAAUUUCGUACAUUUCUUGAAACCUAUGGCGAGAAUUUGCAUGUACCUACCACAUACAAGUUGAUCUCUAGUCAUGGCAGACAUUCAGAGAUAUUGUAUUAUGCAUUCUACAUUGGUGAUUAUGAAAAGGUGAUUGAUAACUGGAUUUUUGAAAAGAAUUGGGAUAAGGCGAUACAAGUGCUGGAUAAGCAAGUGAAAAAUGACUUGUUUUACAAAUUCAGUUCUCCCUUGAUGGAAAAUGUACCUGAAAAAACAGUAGAUAUGUGGAUCCAUCAUCCAAAUCUGAACCCAAGACAUCUGAUUCCUGCUUUAUUACGAUAUAAUCAUGCAAACAGAAUAGACAGAAUAGCAGAGAAUCAAGCAAUACGAUAUCUCUCCUAUGUUGUCUCUGUAUUGGGAAAUACAGAUUCUGUCAUCCAUAAUUUCCUCCUGACAUUGUACGCAACACAACCCACCAAUGACGAAACCGCGUUAUUGACCUUUUUGAAAAAUGAGGGACGAGAGAUGCAUUAUAAGCUGGAUUAUGCCCUGAGAAUUUGUAAUCAUCAUGGUCGUACUCAGAGUUGUGUGCACAUUUAUAGUGAAAUGGGACUGUAUGAAGAAGCUGUGGAUUUAGCAUUAGGGCACCGAGAUUUGGACCUUGCACGUGUGAACGCAGACAAGCCAGAAGACGACGAUGUUUUACGUAAAAGGCUGUGGGUGAAUAUAGCCAAAUACGUGAUUCAGGACAACAAGGAUAUCAAGAGUGCUAUGCAAUUCUUAAAGAAAUGCGACCUUUUAAAGAUGGAAGAUAUCUUGCCAUUUUUUCCCGAUUUUGUACUUAUUGAUGACUUUAAAGAUGAGAUAUGUUCUGCGUUAGAGGAAUAUAAUAUCAGUAUAGAAGAACUAAAGAUGGAAAUGGAUAACGCCACGUCAAGUGCAGAUCAUAUUCGACUCGACAUUCGUAAAUUGAAAAAGAGAUUUGCGGUAGUGAAGGAAGAGCAAACGUGCUAUCUGUGCGAAUACCCGUUACUAACACGACAAUUCUAUGUGUUUUCAUGUAACCAUCAAUACCACGCUGAUUGUUUAAUUAAUCGUUCUAUGAAGUACUUACCGACGCGCCAGAUACGAAAAUUAGCUGAUAUUCAAGAACAAUUAUCACGCGAGUAUAAACUGGCAAGAACGAUGCUAGCGGAGGAUGAAAAAGCCAUCAAUGCACGCAUUGAAGGUCUACGAUAUGAUUUAGAUGACAUUGUUGCUCAUCAGUGUUUGAUGUGUGGUGAUGCCAUGAUUAAUACAAUCCACUUACCCUUUGUAGGAGAAGAUGAAGCAGAGGUUGCAGCAAGUUGGGCGAUUAAUUAGAUUUUUUUUAUUUGUAUAAACCCAAAAUAAAAUACUCACAUAUUAUAAUUUUGUUAAGAGCAUCACCAGCAGUGACGCUUAAAAACGCCCAAGAAAACUGUAAAGUUCGAGUUAAAAAAAGCCUAUCUUUGAGUUCUUUUCCUCUUUACAAGGAAAUAAACAUUAUUAAAAAGUAUGAGAAUGCCGAAACCAGAUUGAAUGUAAAAAAAAACCAUCAU